GACGCCCUUGAAUUGAGCAAGGAAACCGGCGAUCCGCUCUUGUGUUGAAAUCUUCGCUCUUUUACAGCGAUAAAAUGGCAGAGAAGGAGAGUAAUGUGUUUAAGGCCAAACUAGCCGAACAAGCUGAGCGAUAUGAAGAAAUGGCAGAAUUCAUGAAGUUAGUUGCCAAAAAUUCAAGUGGGAUGGAAAUGACUGUUGAGGAGCGCAACCUACUGUCUGUUGCAUAUAAAAAUGUGAUUGGGGCUAGAAGAGCAGCAUGGCGCAUCAUAUCUUCCUUGGAGCAAAAAGGAAAAGAAAGUGGAAAAGAAAGCGGAAAAGAUCAUGGCAAGGUCGAGACUUUAAAAAAAUACAAGGAAACAGUUGAAGGCGAACUUCAAAGCAUCUGUGAUGAAAUUCUUAGUCUCUUGGAAAAGGACCUCAUUCCUAACUCCCAAGAUAAUGAGGCUAGGGUUUUCUUUCAUAAAAUGAAGGGUGACUAUUUCAGAUAUCUAGCUGAAAUAGCUGAAGGUGAAAAGAAAGAAGAGGCGAAAAAAAGUGCUUUGAAGGCCUAUGAUGCUGCAGUCGAAAUCGCAAAGGAUAAUCUUGCAGCAACAUGCCCGAUACGUUUGGGUUUGUUCUUAAAUUUCUCUGUAUUUCAUUAUGAAAUCAAUGAUGACCCCAAAAAAGCCUGUAAUAUUGCGAAGGAGGCCUUUGACAAUGCCAUCAGUGAUCUGGAUAGCCUGAGUGAAGACUCAUACAAAGACAGCACUUUGAUAAUGCAGCUUCUACGUGACAAUUUGACUCUGUGGACUUCUGAUACAGAAAUGGAUAAAGAUGGUACAAAAGUGGAAGAUAUAGAGGGUGAUGAUGCAAAAGAGUAGAUUACAAAGUGGCUGAGGAUGUCCAGAAGAGUUAUCUAUCAAAGACUUAAUUGUAUGCUUCUCUGCUUGGUAAACUGUUUUUUAUGAUGUGGCAGUAGCAAAUAUGUAGUGGAGACAUCAAGGUCUUCUUUUAUACAUUUCCAUUUUUAGCAAACUUUGUUCUGUAGUGAAGUUUGAUUCUUUGCUCUAGUGCUGAUACUGUUUUUUUUUUUUUUGCAUUUAGUACUAAACUGAAAACUGAGUGAAAUUGUAGUACCUUAGUUAUAGUGACAGGUGCUAGCAACAUCAUGUGACCUGUGUCUGAUUGUAAAGUGGAGAGCUUUGUAAAUUUUUCUUUUUUCACAAUGCACUGGAAUCAUUUUGACUUAAUUUUCCAACACUUUUACACACGAUUUUUUUCUGCUAAUUUUUUUUGCAUUAAGGGUAAUUCCUGAUUGUUGACCCUUUAACUCCCAUGAUCUGUCAAAAAAAUUAUCUCCACCUACUGCUGUACAUUUCCUCGUAAUUAGGCUAAGAGAACAGGAUGUUGUAAAGAUAACACCCUUUAGAUGAUAAACUUGCAUUUUCUUGUCACCUGUUUGCAGGAUAAUGUCUUGAAAUUACAAGGAGAAGUUACUCAUUAACAUAAUCUGGGAGCUGAAGGGUUAAAAAAAAUCCUUGAUUCUGGGUAAAGGUCUCCUUCAGAAAAUUUAGUACAUUUUUGCAAAACAGUAAAGAGAAUCUUGAAAGCGAAAUUUCAGUACAGUUAUAUCAAGUAAAGAGGAUUGGAAGUGUUGUAGAUUCUUUAAAGAAGUGUUCAUCCAUACUGUAGAUGUUUUAGCAUCUUCAUGAUCAUUAUUUAUGGGAACUGAAACAUGUUCUUGCAAUAUUACCAUCAAAGUCAGAUAGAAGUUGUAAAACCUAAACAAAAAUAGAGCUCUGCUACUCUUUCCCUUCAUUGCCUUACUUAAUUAAGUUGUGUAAUGUAAUUACCUGUUAUCUUCAAGUAAACAAAUAGAUUCCAUGUUGCCAUGUGACUGUUCGGUUAUAGACCACAGCCAAUGUCAAAAUGUAGUAAGAACAAAAAAGUGACAUGAGGUGCAGCCGAGUGUGGGUAUGUCCUCCAUUAGCUCAUAAGUAAGAACCAAUCAAAGUGGGUGUAGCCAAUGUGCUAUUUGUGUUAUUUACUGACUUAUUCAUGGGUGCAGUUACUUUAAGAGUAUAUGAUACCUCUUUUCUGAGUUUUUUUCCUUUUUUUUUUUUUUUGAGAGAGCUUGACUAGAACAUGUUUGCAAGAUGACAUGUUCCACAAAUUUGUGAUAAAAGCACAGUAUUGGCAUAAGCAAAGUUGAAUAAUAAAUAACUUAUUCAUGAUGGAA